CACUCCCAAAAGAAAACGAAGAAAAGAUUUUUGUGAAAAUGGCGUCUCUGUGCUUAUCUCUCCACCAAACCCUAAAACCCUUGGCGGCUCCUACUACUAGAGCUACACCACUCUCCUUCCCUACCUCACUCCGCCCCACAUCCAGACGCCCCUCCACCUUAACCACACGCGCGUCCUACACCCCAACGCCAGCAACCGAGCGCGUGAUCUCAAUCGCGUCCUACGCCUUGCCCUUCUUCAACUCCCUCCAGUACGGACGCUUCCUCUUCGCGCAGUACCCGAAACUGGCCCUCCUCGUGGAGCCCAUCUUCCCGAUACUGAACCUCUACAGAUCCGUCCCCGGCGCGAGCUUCGUGGCCUUCUUCGGGCUGUACUUGGGUGUGGUGAGGAACACGAGUUUCAGCAGGUACGUCAGGUUCAACGCGAUGCAGGCGGUGACGCUCGAUGUACUGUUGGCGGUUCCGGUGUUGCUGACGAGGAUUCUGGAUCCGGGUCAUGGAGGUGGGUUUGGGGUGAAGGCGAUGAUGUGGGGACAUACCGGUGUGUUUGUGUUUAGCUUCAUGUGUUUUGUCUAUGGAGUCGUGAGCUGUUUGGUCGGGAAGACGCCUUAUAUCCCCCUUGUCGCUGAUGCUGCUGGGAGACAACUUUAGUUAUGUUCUUUCUUUUUUGUAUACCAUCAUCAUAAAGGUUUCAGCUUUCAGAAUCCAAUGUAUGCUUCCAGCAGUUGUUAAUGUAUGGUAUGGUAUGUUUGUUCGGAAGAUU